AUCCCGUCUGCCCGUGUGUCUCACACCACUGUUGCCAUGGCGUUUGUUGCUCCUCCUGGCUAUCAGCCAAUCUACGGCCCUAGCAUUCCCUAUCUGGGGCCCAUUUAUGGAGGCCUGAGGGAAGGAGUGUCCAUCUACAUCCAGGGGUCCAUUCCCGAGGACAUUACCAGGUUCUUCCUCAACCUGCUCUGCGGGGAGUCCGAGUCCAGCGACAUCGCCCUCCACUUCAACCCUCGCUUUGAUGGAUGGGACAAGGUGGUCUUCAACUCCUGUGAGGAGGGGUCCUGGGGGUCUGAGGACAAGACCCGCGACAUGCCCUUCUCCAAGGGCGAGGCCUUUGAAAUGGUCAUCGUGGUCAUGUCACAGGGCUACCAGAUCAAAGUCAACGGGAAUGACUUCUACACCUUCCAACACCGCCUCCCUCUGGAGAGAGUCCGUGCGAUGCAGAUUGCUGGAGACGUUUGUAUCCAGACGAUUAACGUCAUCGGGGGAGGAAUGGGAGGAGGAAUGGGAGGAGGAAUGGGAGGAGGAUAUCCAGGAGGUGGCAUGGGGGGAGGAUACCCAGGAGGCAUGGAUGGAGGCAUGGGAGGAGGCAUGGGAGGAGGCAUGGGAGGAGGCAUGGGAGGAGGCAUGGGAGGUGGAUAUCCAGGAGGCAUGGGGGGUGGUAUGGAGGGAGGAUUCCCAGGAUCAAAUCUGCCGGGAAUGGGCGGGCAGCCAGUCUACAACCCCCCCGUGCCCUACUCCAACAUGAUCCCAGGAGGGAUGUACCCUAAGAGGACCCUCAUCAUCAGAGGAAUGCUGCCCUAUGGAGCAGAAAGACUGUGCAUCAACUUCAUGGUGAGCAGAUCUCGGGACAUCGCCUUCCACAUGAACCCCAGGGUGAGGGAGGGCGUUGUGGUGAGAAACAGCAUGAUUGGAGGAAACUGGGGCCAGGAGGACAGAGAGCUCAGCAUGAACCCCUUCUCCGAGGGACAGUACUUCGACAUGUCCAUCCGCUGCGGGAGCGAGAGGUUCAAGGUGUUUGUGAACGGGCAGCACCUGUUCGACUUCUUCCACCGCCUGCAGUCCUUCAACGAGAUCGACAUGCUGGAGAUAGAAGGCGACGUGCAGAUCUCCUACAUCCACUUCUGA